GGAUAGAGGUUUUUAGAAGUGGGUUCCAGGGAUUUGGAUAGCUAUUUCUUUCAAAACUGGGGCAUUGUAUCCCCGGCUUGGCGAUAUCUGGCAAGUGGCUGGUUCUCAGAAAGAUCAAUGGAGGAUGAAACAAAAGAUAAAAACCUGAAGGCAAUGUUUACCUGGACAGAGGUGCAAAAACACAAUGGGCAAAGUGAAAAAUGGUUGGUGAUCAACAGGAAAGUGUACAACAUUACUGAAUUCUGUCAAAGACACCCUGGUGGAAAGAGGGUAAUCAGCCACUAUGCUGGUCAAGAUGCUACGGAUGCAUUUACUGCAUUUCAUUUGGACAAGCAAGUUGUAGGCCGUUACCUAAAGCCACUUCAGAUUGGAGAACUGGCCCCAGAAGAGCCCAGUAAUGAACCUGGCAAGAGUUUGGCUGUGAUAGAAGAUUUUCAGGAACUGCGGGUGUAUGUUGAACAGGCAGGGUUACUGAAACCAAACAAGUUGUUCUUCUUUCUAAUGCUGGUUCACAUCAUCCUUCUGGAUAUUGCAGCAUGGUUUACCUUGUGGCACUUUGGCACCUCCUGGCUUCCAUUUCUUGUUUCUGGAGUGUUGCUUAGCACUGUACAGGCACAAUCUGGAUGGCUACAGCAUGACUUUGGGCACCUAUCUGUCUUUAGAACUUCUCGCUGGAAUCACUUCUUACAUAAGUUUGUCAUUGGGCAGCUCAAGGGAGCUCCAGCAAGCUGGUGGAAUUAUCUUCAUUUCCAGCACCAUGCAAAACCUAACUGCUUCCGUAAAGAUCCUGAUAUAAACAUGCAUCCACUAUUUUUUGCUUUGGGAAAAACCCUGGCUAUUGAGCUCGGAGUUCAGAAAAAGAAAUACAUGCCCUACCAACACCAACACAAAUAUUUCUUCUUGAUUGGCCCACCAGCUCUUUUACCUAUGUACUUUCAGUGGUAUAUCUUUUAUUUUGCAGUGAAACAGCAACAGUGGGUGGACCUGAUAUGGAUGCUUAGCUUCUACAUACGUUUCACCUGGAUCUACUUGCCAAUGCUUGGACUUCCAGCACUGCUGACUUUGUUUUUUCUUGUCAGAUUUCUUGAGAGCAACUGGUUUGUGUGGGUAACCCAGAUGAACCAUAUCCCAAUGGAGAUUGACCGUGACCAGAACAAGGAAUGGCUUGUCAUGCAGGUCCAGGCAACUUGCAAUGUUGAGCAGUCUCUUUUUAAUGACUGGUUUACAGGACACCUCAACUUUCAGAUUGAACAUCACUUGUUUCCAACGAUGCCUCGUCACAACUAUAAAAGAGUAGCUCCACUUGUUAGGUCUCUGUGCAAGAAACAUGAUCUGAAUUACCAGUCAAAGCCUCUCCUGACUGCCUUCUCUGAUAUUGUACAUUCUCUUAAGGAGUCUGGGCAACUAUGGUAUGACGCCUACCUGCAUAAGUGAACUAAUCCAAAAUUGAUUGUGCUUGCCAACAGAACAUUUCAAGGAGUCUUGGAAAUGUGCAGAAGAAGUGAUUAAUAAAGUCCUAUUUAAAGACAAAAAAUGAAAUAGCAUUUAUUUAAUUAAAAUUCCAUGUUUAACUUGUAGUCGACUUAAUAUGUCAAGUAAAAAUAUCUGAUGUCAUUGGGUCAUAUGUCUGCCAGUCUUUGACAAUGCCCCCUCUGUUACUAUACACCCAUCAAGAAAUGGUUUAAUGUAAUGUUUCUAUAUUUUAAUGUAAUGUUAAAAACAGAAUCUUGUUGAUUUAAAUCAGGAGAAAAUGUCUUAAAUACAUCAGGAGUCCUUUAAUUUAGAAUUUUUGUAAAAUAUUACUAAAUACAGUGCCAAAUUUUAAGAAAAAAUAUGUGUAUGUGUUGGCCUUUAUAAAGUACUUUUAUCACCCACGCUUCCUCACUGUCUCAUCACAUACUGUAAGCAUCACUUUAUUCUGUGAAAACAAAGCAGAAUUAAUUGUAGCCUUCAAUAACUAAUAUACAGUAUGUGAUGCUUUUACUUUGGAAAUGAUGGAAGGAAACAAUAAAUUAAGAUUUUCUCUUUA